AUGUUCGCCGUUAGAACAGCUGGCCGACUAGCCUGGGGUCCUCGUAGAUGGAUCCAGCUCCGUGGUGUCUCUACUUUAGAGGGAAACUCUCACAUUUAUGUAUUCCCCAGUGAGGGAGCAUCUGGGUCCCAUAUUCUGUCCCUUUUGCCAACUGAGCCUGCCAACGCAAAUCUAGCGAUUGGAGUUACAUCAAAGCUACCACCAACGACAGACUCGCUCCGGGAGAAUCCCAAAUUCUUGGAAAUUCUCCAAGAGGUCUUCUCCAAGUACGCACACGAAGACCCGGAAGCACAGUCUCAGGCGCAAGUCAUGGUGUCCACGGCUGGAGCAAACCUGUACUCUGGUGGUGUUCUCAUGGGCCACAAUCGGCGCAAAAACAAACGCCGCGCCGACAUGGGUGACUCUAGUGGCGGCGCCAGUGGCCAGGGUGGUGCUGGUUCUGCUGGCCGAGGUGGCUGGAUUCAUAUUUCGGACAACCGACGUCCUCCUGACUUUGGGCGGAUUGCCUGGCCAGAGGACAUCUUCGGAAGCCUUGAAGUGGAUUCUGAGGGUCACUUUGUCGGGGGUGAUGGAAAUUAUCAAUCUAGUGGUACUUACAGAACUGUGACCCGUGAUGGAAUACUUGGGUUGAGUCCUUUCCUCAGAGCGAAAUUGGUUCAAAGGUUGAAAGAGCUUGACCAGCAAUAA